AUGUUUCUCAAAUUUCGAAACUUUCCCCAUUCAAUAAAAUCCACACAGCUAAAAACCCAAAACCCAUAUGUUGAAUUGUAUAGAGACUGUCAUUUUGAUUCAAAAUUGGGUUUGGAUUCUUCAAGCCUGAAACCAACUUUAUCGCCUAAACAAUCCCAAAACAAUGUUGCAAUUUUCUGGGAUUUGGACAACAAAGCCCCCAAAACAGUCCCUCCAUUUGAUGCUGCUAUUAAGCUUAAAACUGCAGUGUGUUCAUUUGGGUUUGUUAAGUAUAUGGUGGCUUAUGCUAAUGCUCUAAGUUAUGUGCCACAAGGCGUGAGAGAGGAAAGAAAAGAGAGAAAGUCGUUGAAUCAGUUAGAAAAUAAGGGUGUGAUUAAGCCUGUAGAACGUUAUCUCUGUAGAGUUUGUGGGAGAAAUUUUUAUAAUAAUGAGAAGUUUGUCAAUCAUUUUAAGCAAAUUCAUGAGCACGAACAACAGAAGAGGUUGAAUCAGAUAGAAUCAGCAAGAGGGAAAAGGAGAGUUAUGUUAGUGGCUAAGUAUGCAAUGAAGAUGCAGAAGUAUAAGAAUGCUGCGAGGGAUAUUUUGGCUCAGAAAGUGGGGUAUGUUUUGUCUGAUGAGUUGAAAAGGGCUGGGUUUUGGGUUAGGAAUGUGUCGGAUAAGCCACGGGUGGCAGAUGUGGCAAUGAGGGAUCAUAUGGUAGAUAUGAUGGAUAAGAGGAGAGCUGAGUGCUUGGUGCUUGUAUCAAAGAAUUCUGAUUUUGUUCCUGUAUUGAAGGAGGCUAAAUUGAGAUGUUUAAAGACAAUUGUGGUAGGGGAUGUUAAUGAUGGGGCAUUGAAGAGGGUUGCUGAUGCAGGGUUUUCUUGGCAGGAAAUUUUGAUGGGGAAGGCUAAGAAGGAAGCAGAAACUGUUGUGGGGCGGUGGAAGGACCGUAAUAUCUUGAAGAGAUUGGAGUGGACAUAUAAUCCAGAGGUAGAGAAAACAUUGCAUGGUGUGGUUGAUGAGUUUGAUAAUUAUGGAUGUGAGGAUGAGCAUGAUGAUAAUGAUGGUAAGGAUGGGGAUGUUGAUGAUAUUCUUGAUGGUGAUGAUGUUGGUUGUUUGCAAAAGAAAGAUGCCAGAGGUUGGUGGGAGUUGGACUGUGAUCCUGAUGUCACUUCUUCGCAAUCAUGCUGA